CGUAUCAGAUAAUUCUAUAAAACUGCUCCAGUUCUCUUUUUACUCGCAGAUAGAUUGCUAGCUUCUCAAAUCAGCAAUGAAAUCCAGGAGAAACCCAUCACCUAAUUUAAUCACGAUCUUGUUCCUGUCCUUUCUCGUUAAUAUUCCUUGUUGUUUAUCCGCAGCACCCACAGACAGCAUAACUUCUUGUUUGACUCUUCAUAACAUCGGCAACUUCACCACACUCCCGGACGUAAAAAAUGACCCGUACUCGACAGCUUACUAUAAGCUCCUCAAUUUUUCAAUUCAAAAUCUCAGGUUCGCCGAGUUCACGGUCCCUAAACCAAUAGCCAUUAUACUUCCCGACAGCGUCGACCAGCUAGUCAACGCCGUACUUUGUUCCAGAGAAGGGUUUAGGGAAAUUAGAGUAAGGUGUGGCGGACACAGUUAUGAAGGGACAUCGUCGGUCACCGCUGAUGGAGCUCCAUUUGUCAUCAUUGACAUGAUGAAUUUGAACCGGGUUUCGGUGGAGUUGGAAACCGAGACGGCAUGGGUGGAAGGAGGAGCAACACUGGGUGAGACGUACUAUGCCAUUGCUGACUCGAGCAACGCCCAUGGAUUCUCAGCCGGGUCAUGCCCAACUGUAGGCGUUGGUGGGCAUAUUGGCGGCGGCGGAUUUGGGUUGUUGUCGAGGAAAUAUGGGCUCGCAGCCGAUAAUGUAGUGGAUGCCCUUCUUGUUGAUGCUAAUGGAAGGUUGCUAGACCGAGAAGGCAUGGGAGAGGAUGUGUUUUGGGCAAUUAGAGGAGGUGGUGGGGGUGUUUGGGGGAUUGUCUAUGCUUGGAAAAUCAAGUUGUUGAAAGUUCCACCAACUGUGACUAGUUUCAUAGUCUCUAGACCAGGCACCAAACGACAUGUAGCAAAGUUGGUGAACAAGUGGCAAUAUGUUGCACCCUACUUAGAAGAUGACUUCUAUUUGUCAUGCUUCAUUGGUGCUGAUCUGCCAGAAAGUGUAACCGCUGGAAUGUCAGCUACAUUUAGAGGGUUUUAUCUGGGUGGUAGGAGCGAAGCCAUAUCCAUUUUAAACCAGGUUUUUCCUGAGUUGGGUGUUGUAGAAGAAGAUUGCAUGGAGAUGAGUUGGAUUGAAUCGAUUGUAUUCUUCUCCGGCCUAAGCAAUGGAAGCUCAGUCUCCGACUUGAAAAACAGGUAUCUGCAAGACAAGGGAUAUUUCAAGGCCAAAUCAGACUAUGUCAGAGCUCCGAUUUCCUUUACGGGUAUAAGGGUUGCUCUGGACUUACUAGAGAAACAGCCCAAAGGGUACGUUAUUUUAGACCCUUAUGGUGGGAUUAUGCAAAAUAUAAGCAGUAAAUCCAUCGCUUUUCCUCACAGAAAAGGCAACCUGUUUGCAAUUCAGUAUCUGGUGGCUUGGCAGGAAGAAGAUAAUAACAAAAGCAGCGAGUACAUAGAUUGGAUAAGAGGGUUUUAUAAUUCAAUGACACCCUUUGUUUCAUGGGGUCCUAGGGCUGCUUACAUUAAUUACAUGGAUUUUGACCUUGGAGUGAUUGAUCAUGAUUUGGUUAACACUAGUACUAGUGUCCCAUCUGAGGUCGACGCUGUAGAGAUUGCCAGGCUUUGGGGUGAAAAAUACUUCUUGAAAAACUAUGAUAGAUUGGUUAGAGCCAAGACAGUCAUUGAUCCCAACAAUGUUUUUAGCAAUGAACAAGGGAUUCCUCCAAUAUUGUCCCCGACCAGUUUCACAGCCGGGGAAAAUAUAGUGAGUUCCUCAUGAGAUUCUAACUUGUUUGAAAAUCUGUCAGCACAUUAGAUUCACAGAUCAUUAAACUGUUAAGUGUUACGUUGCUGAUCAUGAUCAUGUUUCUGUUUGAAAGUUGUUCUUGUUUAUAUGUGAAUCAAUGCAUCUCUACCAUCGAUCUCUAUA